GGAAAGGGAACAGGGCAGCAGCAGACAUUGACCUUUACCUCCCAGCUCCUCUCUCCCACCCCUUGUCUGCUGGGCAUAAGAGAAUUAGAACUGCUUCCUCCUGUGGUUUACCAGAAAACGCUCUGCGGCUGGAGCUUCAGCACAGGCUAGGUCUGACUGUGCUGGGUCUGGUUGGGGACAGCUGCAUGCCUCUUCCGCUUGGGUGAGAACAAAGGCCGGAACCUGGAUUCUGAUCCAAACCCCCUGGCUGGCCAAGCCAGUGCUCCCACCUUCUGGGAUGUUAGCAGAGCCUUUUAACUGUUUCCUUGUCUGUAGAAUGAGACUCCUCACAGACCCCCCUCCGCAAGACUGUUGUGAGGAACGAUUGGAACAGUGCGUUUAAGUCACCUGGCACACGCUGACUACUUGGUUAACACAGGCACUAUUAUUGGACUCAGGAACAACCAGUUUUGACAAGGGGAUGGUCACAUGAAACCAUUUGAGACUGUUUCGAAACACCUGUGUUAGGACCUACCCUACGCCUUCUGGAUCAGAAUGUCUUUGUCUUGAGAAAGGCAGCAGGAGGCAAGGCACGCGUGUUUGUUCUGAUGCCCUGCUUUGAUGAGAAUCGUUGCUCUGGUACUCACUGCUCGGUAUUCCAGAGUCUUGCUACUCAAAGUGUGCUCUUGGACCAGCUGCCAGCACUUCAAGUCCCCUUCCUUCUGCAUCAGAAUCUCCCUUUAAAAAGAUCCCCAGGAAAUUCAAAUGCUCGUUAAAGUUUGAGAAAUACUGUAAAGGUUAAAAAACAUAAUAAAAAAACGAAUAUCCACACAUACCACCCACACCCAUUUAGGAAAGAGUUGUUCUCUAGUUGUUUUGAAACACAGAGUAAACAAUCAUGUUGUAAUACCCAAUAUCUUGGAUUUGUUUAAAGAAGUGCUGGGAACAUAACAGAUAAGGGAAGCCAACCUGAGAACCGGGGACCCAGAACAGGACUGGUUAGGGAGGACUGUGGCAAACCUCAGAGUCAGAACAGGAUUAAAUAGAGGGCCAGGAGUCAGUUCAGGCCAGGUGGCCAUCCGUCACAGCUGUCUGCAGUCUUCUGGGGUGGGGACAGAGGUGCUGGCCCUUGGGGCUCCCCCACCUGCCCAUGCCAGCACUCUGGGGGCUUUGCUCCUCCCUUUGUACCAGGCACGUCCAGAGCCCUGGCUACCCGGAUCCGAUCAGCAGCUCUGAAGCACAGCCUGCCAGCUGGCGGCUCCUCCUUCUCCAGGCUGUUCUCUGGGCUUCAGAUUUCUUGCUCGCCCUCUCCCGCACUGACCUUGCAGCUUCUCCUUCUCUCCACACGGGCGAUUGCCGGUUGAGGAAAAAAUGCUUGAAGGGCCAAGGACAGGGACUGGAAAACAGGAGGAAAAAGCAGAAUGGUCCUGUGGUCCAUGUGUAUAUUUAGGGGUGAGGGCAGAUACAGGGAGAGUGGGAGAGGAAGGCUGGGGAGUCACUCGUGUGGCCCCGAUCCUCUAGUUAAAGCUCCAGUGAUGGACGCGUCGUGUGUCCUAUAGACUCUGGCUCAGACGCUGUUGUUGGGUCCUCACCUUGGGUGGGUCACUCACUAGGACCCUCUUGGAGAUGGAUCUCGAGAGCGAUAGGAAGAGGCAGAGGGGGCGGUGGGAGGAGGGGGUCUGAAGUCAGGGUCAGGAGGCAGAUUUGGUCCCCUCUGUAUAGCGAUGGUGGAGAGGUCAUUGGGCAUGUCGUGCAGUGACUGCACAGUCAGUCCCAGCUCCCCUGCUUUCUUACCCUGGGACCUUCAUUGACCUGAGCCUCAGCUUUGCCAUUUGCAGAAUGGGAGAACUAUAACAGAACCCACCCCGUGUGGUUCUUUCCAGGAUUCUUGUCUGGAUUCAUUGAGCUCUAAUGCAUAUAAGUACUUAGUGCCAGCACUAAGCGUUUGCUGGUAUCACUCUUCAGGAUGACACCUACCACUCAGUGCUUAAUAGGUGGUAGGCACUGGCCUAAGCUCAUUACAAGCAUGAACUCCUUUUAUUCUUAUAACAACUCUGUGGUGUAGGUACCACUGUUACCUCCAUUUCAGGUGAGAAAACUGAGGUGCAGCCAGGUUAAAUAAUUGUGCAGUUACUAAGGGGUUGAGCUGGGAUUCAGACUCAGGCAGUUGGUCUGGAGUCCAUGUUUCCUGUCACUAUGCCAUACCAGUUAUUAGUCAUCAUUUUGUAGUUGGAGCCCAGUAGACAUGGAAAAGAGGCAGGUGAGAGGCGAGAGGAGGUGGUCCUACCCUCUCACUGUUCCAGCUGUCGCCUGAGGCCCUGCCAGUAUACCUAGGCUGGGGCUGCCCUGCUCAUCCAGGUGACCUGUGCUCCUGGAGGAGACUGGCCUUGGUCAUAAAAUGGACAGCUCUACUCCCAGGCCUGCUGCCCUUCCUGGUGGCCUUUGCCACUUUCCUACGCUUCCGGCAGCAAAGUGGUCAUCUCUAGCAAGUGGUCUCUAACUUUCCCAGGCAGAGUCCCUGUCUGCAGGGCAGGCUCCCUACCCACUGGCUUCCUGGAACAGAAACCAGGCUGCCACGAGGGAGGAACAAGCCGUGGGCCUAUAACAUUUUCUCAAGAAACACGUGUUGGUUUCUUGCCAGGCAGGAAAUGUUUGUUUCCACAUCAUAGCCACCUGGACCGUGUCUGAUCCUUCCUUGUUCCUCGUGUGUCCCUCUGUGCACCCCAGGCAGCCAGGCAUGUGGAAGAUGCUCAUAGUGGUGAUGUGCGUGGCGCUUCUGGGCUGCCUGCAGGCCCAGGAGCUCCAGGAACAUGUCUCCAUAAUCCUGCUGGGAGCAACUGGGGACCUGGCUAAGAAGUACUUAUGGCAGGGACUGUUCCAGCUGUACCUGGAUGAAGCGGGGAGGGGCCACAGUUUUAGCUUCCAUGGAGCUGCUCUGACAGCCCCUAAGCAGGGCCAAGAGCUCAUGGCCAAGGCCCUGGAAUCCCUCUCCUGCCCCAAGGACAUGGCACCUAGUCACUGUGCAGAGGAAAAGGAUCAGUUCCUGCAGCUGAGCCGGUACCGCCAACUGAAGACGGCCGAGGACUAUCAGGCCCUGAACAAGGACAUCGAGGCACAGCUCCAGCACGCAGGCCUCCGGGAGGCUGGCAGGAUCUUCUACUUCUCGGUGCCACCCUUUGCUUAUGCAGACAUUGCCCGCAACAUCAACAGCAGCUGCCGGCCAGGCCCGGGUGCCUGGCUGCGGGUUGUCCUUGAGAAACCCUUUGGCCAUGACCACUUCUCAGCCCAGCAGCUGGCCACAGAACUCGGGAGCUUUUUCCAGGAAGAGGAGAUGUACCGGGUGGACCAUUACUUGGGCAAGCAGGCCGUGGCACAGAUCCUGCCUUUCCGAGACCAGAACCGCAAGGCUUUGGACAGCCUCUGGAACCGGCACCAUGUGGAGCGGGUGGAGAUCAUCAUGAAAGAGACCGUGGAUGCCGAAGGCCGCACCAGCUUCUAUGAGGAGUACGGUGUCAUUCGCGAUGUCCUCCAGAACCAUCUGACAGAGGUCCUCACCCUCGUGGCCAUGGAGCUGCCCCUCAAUGUCAGCAGUGCGGAGGCUGUGCUGCGGCACAAGCUUCAGGUCUUCCAGGCGCUGCGGGGCCUGCAGAGGGGCAGUGCCGUCGUGGGCCAGUACCAGUCUUACAGUGAGCAGGUGCGCAGAGAGCUGCAGAAGCCAGACAGCUUCCACAGCCUGACGCCAACCUUCGCAGCCGUUCUCGUGCACAUCGACAAUCUUCGCUGGGAGGGCGUGCCUUUCAUCUUGAUGUCUGGCAAAGCCUUAGACGAGAGAGUGGGCUACGCUCGGAUCUUGUUCAAGAACCAGGCCUGCUGUGUGCAGAGCGAAAAGCACUGGGCUGCGGCACAGAGCCAGUGCCUGCCUCGGCAGCUCAUCUUCCACAUCGGCCACGGCGACCUGGGCAGCCCCGCUGUGCUGGUCAGCAGGAACCUGUUCAGGCCCUCCCUGCCCUCCAGCUGGAAGGAAAUGGAGGGCCCACCUGGGCUCCACCUUUUCGGCAGCCCUCUUUCCGAUUACUACGCCUACAGCCCUGUACAGGAGCGGGACGCCCACUCUGUCCUCUUAUCCCAUAUCUUCCAUGGCCGGAAGGAUUCCUUCAUCACCACAGAGAACUUGCUGGCCUCCUGGAGCUUCUGGACCCCUCUGCUGGAGAGCCUGGCCCAUAAGGCCCCACGCCUCUACCCUGGAGGAGCUGAGAACGGCCGUCUGUUGGACUUUGAGUUCAGUAGCGGCCGGUUGUUCUUUUCCCAGCAGCAGCCGGAGCAGCUAGUGCCAGGGCCAGGCCCGGCCCCAAUGCCCAGUGACUUCCAGGUCCUCAGGGCCAAGUACCGAGAGAGCCCGCUGGUCUCCGCCUGGUCCGAGGAGCUGAUCUCUAAGCUGGCUAACGACAUUGAGGCCACCGCUGUGCGGGCCGUGCGGCGCUUUGGCCAGUUCCACCUGGCGCUGUCAGGGGGCUCAAGCCCCGUGGCCCUGUUCCAGCAGCUGGCCACAGCGCACUAUGGCUUCCCCUGGGCCCACACACACCUGUGGCUGGUUGACGAGCGCUGCGUCCCGCUCUCGGACCCGGAGUCCAACUUCCAGGGCCUGCAGGCCCACCUGCUGCAGCACGUCCGGGUCCCCUACUACAACAUCCACCCCAUGCCUGUGCACCUGCAGCAGCGGCUCUGCGCCGAGGAGGACCAGGGCGCCCAGAUCUACGCCAGGGAGAUCUCAGCCCUGGUGGCCAACAGCAGCUUCGACCUGGUGCUGCUGGGCAUGGGUGCCGACGGGCACACAGCCUCCCUCUUCCCACAGUCGCCCACUGGCCUGGACGGCGAGCAGCUGGUUGUGCUGACCACGAGCCCCUCCCAGCCACACCGCCGCAUGAGCCUUAGCCUGCCUCUCAUCAACCGCGCCAAGAAGGUGGCAGUCCUAGUCAUGGGCAGGAUGAAGCGUGAGAUCACCGCGCUGGUGAGCCGGGUGGGCUAUGAGCCCAAGAAGUGGCCCAUCUCGGGUGUCCUGCCGCACUCUGGCCAGCUGGUGUGGUACAUGGACUACGACGCCUUCCUGGCAUGAGGGCGCCUGUGCCCCUUGCCCGCUCUGCUCCUGUGCUUUCCUUCGCCCGUGUCUUCCCUCCCUUCUCGACUCCACCACCUGCCCAGCGUGCCCUGGCUCUCCAGAACCUGCUGCCCCACAGUCAGGCCCCAGAGGGCAGGACAAGGCCUUGUCCCGAUGCCUUUGACAGGCAGCUCUGUCUAGUGGUGGAUAGAUGCAGAAGCAAGGAAGAAAUGGAAUCUGUUCAUGAGAGGCUUCAAACCCAGGCCAGGAGAGAAGCCUUAAGAAAAGAAGCAUCCAGCAGUGACAAAUCCACAUCAACCAGCACAACACGGGAUGGCGCCCAAACGCCGGUGUUCACCAGAGGAGACGUGGUGGGCUGAGGUGAAUCAAGGAAGGUUUCCUGGGGGAGGUGAUCCUUGCACUGGCUCCCCGGGAACAUUCAGAGCAUGAUUGGUAGACAGAAGGGUGCAGAGGCGCCCAGGGGAGUACAUUACCCUGUGCAAAGCAGGGGCACUGAGGACUGUCUUGAGACCCUGAGGGGGUCAAGCCCCUCUUUCCCCAGCUGCCUGUUCUUCUAGAACCUCUGCACAUCUAGCCUCUGGCCCUCCUCUUCGCUGCCUCCACCUGCUCCCGCUUGUCCUCCCUCUCUCCUCCGUCCUGGCUGUGCGGUAGAGUGCCAGGCUCCUCCCUGGGUCUUUGCUGUUUCUCAGACUCCAUUUAUAGAGAAUGAGGGCUGAUAACGGGAAUACAGCAGCAAAGACUAGGCUGUGAAAAGCGUUCCAGAAAUUUUUUUUUUUUUUAAUUAAAAAAAAAUAUUUGCAGAGAUGAGCUCUUGCUCUGUUGCCCAGGCUGGUCUCAAACUCCUGGGCUCAAGCGAUCCUCCCAUCUCAGCCUCCCAGAGUGCUGGGAUUACAGGUGUGAGCUGCUGCGCCCCAGCCCCAGAAAUCUCAGUGCUGUUCGGGGCUCCCUUUCUCAGUCGAUGACCUGCUCUGCAUGGGGAGGUGGAGUCUCCUUCCCCCAGCUUCCUCAGGGAGGACCCCUGCCCUCCGCUGCUCCUCUGUCCUGCUGGCCUUCCUCCAUGAAGCACGCUGGGUGCAGAUAAUCAGGCCAUUCUGGGGAGCCCCAAUUUAAGAGGGUCAUUUCAAUCUCAGCGGACUCCCAGGUGGGUGUUUCUGCUCUCAGUAGCCCCUCUUGUUUUACCAGGAAAGAUCCAGUUAAAUCACCCACUGAGGUGACAGCUCAUUCGCGGGGAGAGAGAUGCAGCAUCAAGUGACACUGGGCCAUCCAGGCGGCUCUGCUCCCACCAGACAGGAGCCAGGCCUCUGGCAGGGGGCUGCCCACAGCCUUUUCAGGGGCUCGCUUGGCGGGUGACAGGGCCACAGCCAGGCCUUCUCUCCCUGCCCCUUGGUGACCCCUCCGUGACUUCCUGUGUGCCAGUCUCUCCUGCCACCUCUCACUUCACCACCAACUCUGCCUGAGACUGGGGAAGUGAUUGGGUAUCUUCUCGGUGAGCAUAGGUUGGGGACUGUGAUCUUGAGAAGCCAUGGGCCAGCAAUACCUGCUUUUCUGAAACCCCCAAGGAGGGCUCUGACAUUCUUUUAAAAAACAGCACAAAGCAAAAUUCCCAGGACACAUGUAGUUUUGUUUGUUCAACAUCCCACAACUCAAGGCUGGGAGAUGGAACUCUUGGUUAAGGUCGAUUUUUCUGUCUGGCUUCUCCCCCACCUUACACUUGCUCUGUGGAUCAGGCAGAUACAAAAUUUCUGCCGCAUUUUCAGAGAGGGCUUUCAUGGGUGAGGGAGCAUGGCGAAGUCAGUUUCUUUCCCCUGGACUUUAUACUUCAAGGCUAUGGAUUUAAAGGAAUCCUGGCUUUCAUUUUCAAUACCAGUCUGAGACGUGGUUCCCAAGCUGGGGCUCUUGUUCAGACUACCUACUCUGGCCGCCAACAACCCAGGCCAGACAGAGCAUCUCGCCUUUUUUUUUUCUUUUUCUUUUUUUUUUUUUUAGACGGUCUCUCUCUGUCGCCCAGGCUGGAGCACAGUGGCGAGAUCUUGGCUCACUACAACCUCCGCCUCCCGGGUUCAAGCAAUUCUCGUGCCUCAGCCUCCCGAGUAGCUGGUACUAUAGGCGCCGGCCACCACGCCUGCCUAAUUUUUGUAUUUUAGUAGAGACAGGGUUUCACCAUGUUGCCCAGGCUGGUCUCGAACUCUUGAACUCAGGCAGUCUAUCCACCUCAGCCUCCCAAAGUGCUGGGAUUACAGGCAUAAGCCACCGCACCCAGCUAGAACAUCUAUUUUUAUACCCAGAGAGCACCCCUCUUAGGACAGAACCACAGUGCCCAAGCCGGGAAGCCACCCUCCUAGCGCCCAGCAUCUGAGCUGCUACCCGUGAUGGGCAGGCUCAGGAGAGGACUGGGGGUCGCGGUGGAAGUUCCGCAGCUGGCCGCGUGGGGGAGCCCUUGCACUGUACUGCCGCCUCCGGACUGCCCCGCUCCCUGGGCAGCUCCUGUGCCGGAUUUCUUUUCAUUUCCUUCCUCUCUCCCCGGUGCCUGGCCCCAGCCCUCUCCCAUCUGUUCUUCAGGAACCGACUCCUCUCCGGUUGCAACACCAGAGAGAAAGGGGCCUCCACAUGCCCAAGGAGGUGGGGUCCCUCCUUGAGGAUGUAGCCCUACUCUUGGGCCCCCAAAUUAGCAGAGUAAUCAAAGCUUCCUACCAUUUGGCCUCCUAUUCCAGACUAUUCCCUUGAGGGGUUUCAUUCCAAAAUAUGCAGGGCUCGGGCUCCCUACUCCGGGCCUGUCUCCUUUGCUUCAUCCCUGAAGGAUGAAGGGCAAGCCGGCCCUUGAUGUCACCAUUUCUGAAUAAUAGUCACUGCCAUAGAGCCUAGGAUAUCCUGUUCUAACUCAGUCCUGCCUUGGAUGCAUCACAGAUCUGUGCGGAGUGGGUGUGGGAGCGUGGGUGAGGGUCGAAAUGCCAAAAGUCUGCUUUCCAGAAUCAAGUGCCUUCCGCAAAUACGUUGGAAAAGUCCAAACCUGGAGAUGUCCGUGUGCCUCUGCCCCUGCCCACCCCUUUCCCUGUGUUAGGAAGAAGUUCUCAGAACCCUGUAGGCUGGUGGCUUUCAAACUUCAGACCAUGCGCUGCAGCAAGAAAUGUGCCUUCCAUUAUAAAUCAGUUCAUUCGUUUACAGCUGUGUUCCAAGCAAGUUUCAUAAAGAAAUUCUCAACCCUUAGGACUUCAGAUAUCCUCAAUUUUUUAGUUUUCAUUUUUUAAAGAUGCUUCUUAAAAUUCACCAAAUUGUGCUAGGUGCAUUGGCUGAUGUGUGUAAUCCCAGCACUAUGGGAGGCUGAGGUGAGAGGAUCACUUGAGCCCAGAAGGUUGAAACCAGCCUGGGCAACAUAGUGAGACUCGAUCUCUACAAAAAGUUAUAAAACCAUGCAUGGUGGUGCCCACCUGUGGUCCCAGCUGCUCGGGAGGCUGAGGUGGGAGGAUCACCAGAGCCCAGGAGGCUGAGGCUGCAGUAAGGUGUGAUUACACUAUUGCACUCUAGCCUGGAAAACAGAGUGAGACACUGUCUCAAAAAAAGAAAAGAAGAGAAGAGAAAGAAUGAUGACAACAGCCCAGGGAGCAGCCCCACCCAGAACCCAGGUCUGCAGGGUUCCAGGUUCCAGCCUGUGUUCCCAGGCAGGCUGCCUGCCUCUUCCUGGCCUGGGAGCCCUUGGGUCCUAUGGUGGCAGCAGUUACCACAGUCCAAGUUCCCUGGUGGGGACCAAUGAUUCCACUCGCAUGGCAGCCCACGGGUGCACUUAGGGGCCCAUAAAUGGCAGAAGGGCCCCUCCUUUGGGAGACCUUGUCAGUCAGCAUCUCUAGGGCAAGCAUGAUUCCCAUUUGUAGAGGGGAAGGGGAAGGAAUCAAGGAACUUGAAGCUAGAUUUCAGCUAGGUCAAAAUCGGGGGGAAUAUUUUUCUGCUAACUGCAAGUUAAAAUAGGCCCUUCUGAUUGAAUUUCCCUGUUGUUUGUUUCUCUGCAGACAAUGCUAUAGCCCUACUCUUGGGCCCCCAAAUUAGCAGAGUAAUCAAAGCUUCCUACCAUUUGGCCGACUAUUCCCUUGAGGGUUUUGAUUCCAAAAUAUGCAGGGCUCAGGCUCCCUACUCCGGGCCUGUCUGCUUUGCUUGCAUUUCUCCUGUCCCUGUUCUCCCGGAGGGCCCAGGUGGAACUCACCACAGGGAGGGAGAAGCUUCCCAAAAACCUGCAAGGCUGUUUCCCAGAAUUUGGUUUUCAGGUACAAAACUUUUUGUCCUGUAAGAUAUACGCAGCCUCACAGAAGCAGCCUCUGCAUCCGCUUUCCCCAGCUAUAUUUUUAUCUUAAGCACGUGGGGCUCCCUUAGAACUUACUCCACUGGUUUAAAAAAACAAACAAAAACAAAAACAAAAAGCUGCCUGGCAGCAUCUCAGUGUGAGAGUGAGCACGGCACAGGAAAGGCCCGUGGUGACGAGGGUGAGGUGGCCACAGUGACCAGACGACACCCUAGCACCCAUCCACCCUGCAGAUGAGACUCUAUAGAGGGCGAAGAUUGGCAGCCUCCAGAUGUCACAGGCCAUGUGACCCACUAGGGACCACUUACCCCUGGCCUUCUGCUGGCUGAACUGAAUGCAUUCCCUCUCCGUGCAACUCUCCCAUGAGGCUGCACCCGUGUGGGUGGCACUUGAAGCGGCGCUGUUUGCAUUGUACACAGGAAGGAAGGAAGUUCUUCCAACCUCAUCAGCACCUAGCAGCGAAUCAGCCUGCGAGGGCAUCCGAAGCCAUGAUGCAGUACGAACCUCCCAGCUGGUGCCGCUCUGCCCUCAGGGGCUCCAAGCAUUGUAACUCAGUCAUGGGAGCUGCCUCACUGGAGUGCAGAUUGAUUCCUGUAAUAAUUCUGCCUGCUGUUAUCUCUUGUGCACUGACCAAGUGUGAGUCCCGGUGUCAGUUGGCCCAGUCCAGUGUCCAUCUUCAUUUGCUCAUGCAGAGGGGAUGAGUUGGACACUCCCUGUUCUUGGUUUUCCUUUUGCAACGCAGUGGGCAGUCUCCCUAUAAAACAAAAACCCUACCUUCUGUGCCUUCUGCUCUAGAGCAGAGCUCCCCUCCCAUUUCCUCAGUCUUCCCUGCAAAAUCUGUCCACUGGGGAAGACAGCAGGAACCCUGGGCAGCGGAUGUUCUGGGAAGACUAGUGAUAGCAGAUGUCAUCCAGGAACAGCCACACACACAGUUCUCCAGGCCACCAUCAGCAGCUCGAGGUGGGGUGUGAGUGAGAAGCUGAGGAUCUCGCAGCUUGUUGCUGAGCAAGGUGCAGCCGGGCUCAUGCUGUCAUCAGCACAAGACAGGGUGGCAAGGGCUUUCAGAUGCAUUUCCGAGAGUCCAGCGAGCCAGGGGGAAAAGGAUCCCUUUGCCGAAGCGUUCCCUCUAGCCAAUUUUUGGGAGUGCUUCUGUUUGCAAAGCACUGGGGAUGUGCCUGUCUCUGUGUGACCCACGCACGGGAAGGGGGAGCACUGGAGUAAUUAUACUUCUGCUGCUGCUUUGAUUCUCAAGGCUCAUCUUUAAAACCCUCCCCUUGCUGUCAGGUGCUUUAAAGGCAGUCUACAUCUUUUCUUCCCUUGGUGUGGGAGAGGUAAACACUUUGAUUUGCUGAAAACUGUAUGAAGUAUAUUUGAACAGUUAGUAGUUAGCUUUGAAAGUGGAAGUGUGAACACUACCUGUGUCAGUUUGGGUCCUUCACUUGACCCCCACGGAAGUCUAGAGGCGUCUGUUAUAAAGCGUUACGGCAGGAGGAAGGACCUGUAUUAGCUGGAAAUCAUCAGGAACCCAGCUUGCCUCCAUCUCUCUGAGAUGUGCUGGGUACAGCCUGCCCCUCCUAGUUCUGUCCACCCGGAAGAGGCGGCUGGCAGCAGAUCCUAGGGGCAGAGGCCCUGCUGGGUCCUGGGAGCUCAUCUUUACCUGUGCCCGAGUGAGAACUGUGAUUCCAGCCGGGCAGGUCAGAUUGGAGCAGUGCUAAGAGGCUGUUGCAGGAGAACUAGACAGGGGCAGGGCCUGCUGCAUCUGGAUCAUGUUUCUGCACUCUGCCCUGCGCUAGGGACUCAGGGUCUGGGCUUCUGCCAGGUGAGGAGCAGAGAGACUGUUCCCUUGGGUGGAGAGGCGUGGGCAUGAGAGCCACCCACUGCCAAGCAGGAAGAAUGUUGGUGCUUUUUUUCAGGGAGGGGAACCCCACUGGUUUUUAUGGAAACAAUGGAAACUUACAGAUGCCUGGGAUGAUGAGGCACAUUCAGAACAAAUGCUUUUUUUUUUUUUUUUGAGACAGUCUUGCUGUGACGCCUAGGCUGGAGUGCAGUGGUGUGAUCUCGGCUCACUGCAACCUUUGCCUCCCAGGUUCAAGUGAUUCUCCUACCUCAGCCUCCUGAGUAACUGGGAUUACACCACCAUGCCCAGCAGAUUUUUGUAUUUUUAGUAGAGAUGGAGUUUCACCAUGGUCAGGCUGGUCUCGACCUCCUGACCUCAGGUGAUCCACCUGCCUCAGCCUCCCAAAGUGCUGGGAUUACAGGCGUGAGCCACCAUGCCUGGCCAGAGCAAAUGCCUUUUUAAACCUUUUAAAAACAUUUUUAAAAUGCCUUUUUCUAUGUCAAAUGUAACAUUUAUUUUUUUAAACAAUAAAAUUGAUUUGCCAAAA